AUGGGGCUUGGAAAUUUAUUAGAGAUAAAAGAAAAGAAGAAUGGAUUUUGGCGGAAGAAAAUUAGAAAGGAAGAAGAGAUUAGAUACAUGUCGACGGUCAGCUACCGAAGAAAUAUUCAGGGUACGAAUAACAAGUGUGUAAGCAUGAGAAGGGUGAGGGAUAUUAAGACGAUAAGCUGCAACUCGGAGGAAUUUUCUCUGGACACGUUCAACAGAGGUCUGAAAGAACACUACCGUAUUCGAGCAGAGGAAGAACCAGAGUACAGUAGAGGGAUUUGA